AUGAGAAGCCACCACCGCUACAAACGCGCUGAUGACGAGGACAACCGAGUAUUGGCGCUCAACAACUACGCCGAGGGUUUCCUGGUGAAGCAGGGUGCGCGCGUCAAAAACUGGAAGCGCCGCUACUUCGUGUUCCGCGAUGGUUACCUGUCGUACCGCAAGGACCAGCGCGAAACUUCUAAGGUUUUGGGCACAGACGUCGUGCUCGACGUGUUCUACUGGUCUGGUGUGGAAUUUGGUUUGUCGCUCAAGCUCAGCAGCGGUCGCUCGCUUUACGUAUCACCAGCAUCCGAGCAGCAGGCCUGUAUCUGGUACGAGGUUGUGCAAGGAUACGUCAUGCGCCAGCAAAUGAUCCGCCAGCUUCAGCAUGUAAAUCGACAACGAGAAAAACACCUUGAACCCAUUUGGGAGACUGAGGACGCCGCUGAACAGAGCGCCGAGCUCAUUCAGUACAACCUUUUGCUGUAGACGAGCCUCAGCCAUCCCAGUUAAUGUAUCACCCGUCAAACACGGAGUCUGCAGCACUCCUAAGUGAACUUGAAGCCAUUGGAAGCUUCACCACGAGAACGAUCGCACAACAAGCUCUCUACCGGUAAUUACAAGUUUCAAAAUAAAACCC